AUGGACGCUCCCGAACAAUCUUUUCUUCGGGAGAAAUCCUUGGCCGUCGAAGAUCAAGAACUCGCCGUCGGAACUCUCGAGGACUCCCACGCAGCGAAACCAGAGACCAACGCUGCGAUUGAGCUUCCCAACAAAUCCAAGCCUGAGAAAUCCGCGGUCGAGAAGGACCGUGAGGAUUUUCGGGAAGCAGUGGUCAAAACUCUCGAUCGGCUUUUGUUCGUCCAUAAAUCUUUCGAUAUCUACCAUGGCGUCGCUGGACUUUACGAUUUCGGUCCUCAUGGUCGUACUGUUGAACUUAAUAUACUUAGCCUCUGGCGUAAGUGUUUUGUUGAUGAAGAGGACAUGAUGGAGGUUGCUUGUACAGCUUUGACACCAGAGGCCGUUUUCAACGCAUCUGGGCAUGUAAAAAAGUUCACUGAUCUUAUGGUCAAGGAUGAGGUAGAUGGAGCAUUUCACCGUGCGGACCACUUGGUCAAAAGUUAUUGUGAAAACCGAAAGAAAGAUCCUACCAUCUCUGCUGAGAAUGCUGCUGAAUUGGAUAAAGUUAUAGCUCAUGUGGAAGAUCUUUCUGCUGAAGAGCUUGGUGGAGUAUGGAAUCACUGCUCCACAGCUCCAGUCACGAAGAAUCCACUUUCUCAUCCUCCUCGCCCCUUCAACUUGAUGUUUCAAACUUCCUUUGGAGCAAGUGGUUCGUUGAUAGGUUACUUGCGUCCUGAAACUGCUCAAGGCAGUUUUUGCAACUUCAAGGAUUAUUAUAAUUUGAAUGGGAGAAAACUUCCGUUUGCCGUGGCUCAAGUUGGUCGAGUCUUUAGGAAUGAGAUAUCUCCACGUCAAGGGCUUCUUAGAACUCGUGAAUUCACUCUGGCAGAAAUUGAGCACUUUGUUCACCCUGAGCAUAAGUCACAUUCUAAGUUCUCUGAUGUAGCAAAACUUGAACUCCUUAUGUUUCCAAGAGAAGAACAAGAAAAACCUGGCCAAUUUGCAAAAAGACUUUGCCUUGGCGAAGCUGUUGCUAAGGGGCAUGUGAACAGUGAGACUCUAGGAUUCUUCAUUGGGAGAGUGUAUCUUUUCCUUAUCCGUCUUGGAAUAGACAAGGAACGCCUGCGCUUCCGUCAUCAUCUUGCAAAUGAAAUGGCACACUAUGCAACCGAUUGUUGGGAUGCUGAAAUUGAGUGUUCAUAUGGUUGGAUUGAAUGUGUUGGAAUUGCAGAUAGGUCUGAUUACGACUUACGUGCUCACUCCGAAAAAAGUGGCCAUGCUCUUGUGGCUCAAGAGAAACUUGCAGAGCCUAUAGAAGUAGAGAAACUUGCUAUUACACCUGAGAUGAAAGAAUUGGGUCCUGCAUUCAAGGGAAAUCAAAAGAAUGUGGUUGAAGCUUUGGAGGUAGACUGA